AUGAGAAAAGUGAGAAAAAUAUUUGAUCUGUUGGAAAGUCACCAAGCAGGUGGGCAUAAAAUUGUUUGCAAGAGAGGAUCGUCUCUUAGUUGUUUGUCAGUCUUAAUUCCUUUUUUUGUUGUUGUUAAUUUUUUUUUCUUUGUGUAGUUUUGCGAACAGCAAGUAGGGAUGGAUAAUGUUACUUUGAGAAGAGGGUUUGGCUGUUAAUAAAAUAGUUUAAAAAAUAUUUUUAUCCCGUUUAUUUAAGUGGACGAGGACGGACGAGUGACUCCGCUGCCCAGACUAGAAAUUGAGCCCGUGAGCACAGAAGAUGUAGAAGCAGCGUUGAAACACACCAAGCCAUCCGCACGACAGCUCAAGGAUAAAUAUAAGGACUGGCAGAAGGAAUACGAAUCCGUGUAG